AUGAAGCCACUACAAAACUGCAGUACAUGCGUUGAUAAUAGCUCCUUGGAGGGGUUCAAUGGUACACUACAGAGUCAGUUUUCGGAGUUUGCACAAUGGUUAGACUACUGCAACACCACUCUCACGAGCAGUAGUGAGCAAUCACGAGUACAAAGCCUCCUCGCCAAAGAAUCAGAUUUACUUGCCUCCGCGCUGUCCCUGAGUUCCCAGAUUGCUUCUCUUGGAAUUAAUUCCAGUCUGGCAACCGCAACCGCGGUACAAUCCAGUACGUUCUUAACAACAACAUCGGGAUCGCAAGGCCCGGUUACCGUUUAUGCCACACAGACGGGGAGUGGCUCGGGGGAUAUCGCGGGUAGUAAAAGCAGCUCCAAUGCUACUACUAUUGCGCCCGCCGUCGUGGUGCCUGUAGUAGCUGUUGCGAUCAUAGCAGUGCUUGGAACCUUCUUUGUGCGCCGCCGGCGGCUUCGAAAAAUCAAGGACAGCAAUUCCGAUAGCCAACCUCCCAUGGAUGAUAAACCCCAGUUGCAUGCGGAUGAAUUUCGACCAGAGCUUGAGGGAUCGGAUCGCGGUGUCGCGCUUGGACAGAACGUACCCCCGGCCGAAUUGCCUGCACGAGAAGAGGUGGCUCGCGAAAUGGAUUCGAAGGGCUAG